GUUCAGUACAGAUGUGUACCGAAUGUACCAAAUUGCAGUCUUUUUGUAGGCUUUUUUGCAUGUGGAUGAUGUUUCAAAUUCGAGUUCCCACAUACACAUAUUAAGUGGCAAACUGUAUGUCUAGUUUAGUCAAUUAAAAUAAAAUAAAAAAUUGCUCUUUUUCAAAAUAUUAUUCCCGUUGCACAAAAAUUAACAGAAAAAUUUAAAAUGAAUGGAACUGGGGCAUACACCGAAUAGGGUUUUUUUUGUACUGUUACACCCCUACUCAGUAAUAUUUGUGUGUAUGUCUGUGUGUGUGUGUGUUGGGUCUCAUAAGCGAUGUGUGACGCUACUCGAACAGAGACUGACAACAACUCCAAUCAGUGACCGAAGUUCUGAGUGAGCGGCGUUUCACUGUUUUAAUCAUGGCUCUGAGUAAGCGGGAAUGCGCAACUACCAGUAACUUAUCGUUUCGUUUCAGAGAUACUGCAACCUGCGUCACUGUUAUGAUGCUGGGUGGGACCUAGGAUGCUCUAAGUUAUGUAGUGACACACGCAUCUUGUGACGCACACAUAACUUCCGCUCUGUGGCUGUCAUCUGGUUUGUUUGGUUGUCAAGUGCAACAGCUUUGUAAGCAACCAACUGACAGCACAGCUGGUACAAGGCUGGUAUGUGAGUGACAAAGAAAACCACGACUGAAAAAUAUUACUGCACACCUUAGCACACCUGACAUCAGCAUCAACGUUUAAGCAACCAUCCCCGCCUCUACAGAAUUUAUGGAGUUAUCUAUUUAGGUACUGUAAUGCCUAUUAUAGAUUUCCACAUAACAACUUUUCUUUCUUUCUUAGUAUUUGCAUGAUUAUCUCUCUCUCAUUCUCUUGUUUUCACUUGCACCUGGAAUUACAAUCAUUUUUAUUUAUUAAAUGACAGUAAUUUCCCAUGUAUUAGCCACAUCAUGUAUAAACUGACAAAAAAAGACAAAUCCUUGUAUUGACCACAGCUGUGUAUUAAGCACAGUGUCCAACAAUCCAAUGAAUCAGAAUUAGAUCAGUACUUUAAUCAGAACGAAGAAUGAAGAAAAAAGAAAUGCAUUCCCAUGUAAAUCCCGCUCCUGCAUAUUAACCUCAUAGCUAAGGAAAUUUGCAAAAUCAAUAAAUCUCUAUUAACAGAUGGGAAAUUAUGGUAUCCAGUGUCAAUACAGAGAUCUUCCUACAGUGGUCAUCAUUCUUGAUGUAGAAGUUCAGAGCAUGUCCCCCUCCUCCUACAGACAGGCAGACAGACAGACAGACACACACACACACACACACACACACCUCCUCCCCUCUCUGGUGCAAAGGGGUGUCCGGCUGGCCAUCCUUUGGUGCCAUGAAUGCAUCUGAGCCGUGGACAGAAGUGUGAGCACUGCACAUUCCUGGCAGUUCUAUAGGAGGAUUUCUGAAGGCCAGCGCCAAUGAGCCUGAUGGAAUCCAGCUUAAACAAACCUCAAGACUGGAGCCGCACGCAAUCUCAGACAAUGCAUGCUCAUUUACACACACACACUCACACACACACACACACACACACACACACACACAGGAGAGUACUCACACUAAUGAACCCAUUCUGUACAUUUUCAUCCUCAAAAACAUUUUGAUUAAAUAAACCUAUAAAGUAAAAGAAGAUCAUGUAAAAGUUUUGCUAUGGAUACAUCAGGUAUUUACAACACAACAAGUUCUAGUAGUCGAGACAUCAUUACACAGAUAUGUAAUAUCUUGAACAUAGAUUUCACGAAGAGAUCUUUAUGUGAUUUAGGUCCGCCUCUCAAGUGGGAGGUGUCUUUCACUAUGCUAUACGGCAAAGGCUGUUACGAAAGCCUAUAGACUACAUUUCUCCUAAGGCUUGGCAAAGUCAGCAAUGCUUGAGUCUGGUCUGUGCUGCAGACUUAAGCUGUUCAGCUCUCUGUGCAUUAGGGAGGAAGAGAAAAGAGAAAGACGCAGAUAGACACGUGAUCCAACUUUGAAGCCUAUCCUGACAGCAAGCUGCUGAGGUAGUCCAUGCUCCUGUGCCUGCCGAGGUGUGUCAGGUGACCAGGGCGGAUGGAGGCGGGGUCCAGCAGUCAGAGCGCCGAGGAGGCGGGGCCUACCUCAGGGGAAGAGCCACAGCCUGAGCCACCACGGCGUGGGAGGGGUCGACCACGAAAACAGCAAGAGGAGCCUGUUGGUCCUCCUCCUCCCAGGAGACCUCGUGGGCGGCCCAGAGGAAGUAAGAACAAGCAGGUCACACCCAAGAAGGUCGAGCCAGCAGGUCAGAGAAGGCCACGUGGACGUCCAAGAAAAUGGCCACAGAAAGUGAGUGAGGAAGAGCAACAGGCGGCUCGAGAUGAAGCGGAGGCUCCACCCGUCGCACCCCCCUCUCCCACGGCGCCCCCACCCGUGCAGGGAGGGCUGUGAAGACGGCUAGUGCCUCAGGAGGGUCGGUUGGUCCGCCUCCAACCCCUCCUUCCACCACACAGCAGUCACAUCGGGCUUGCCUCACACAGGUGCACUGCCCCCACCCCCACCCCACACACACACAUACAAAUACACACACACCCCUCAGGAUGUCUUAACAUACUGUACACCUCCCCCCCCACCUUCUCAGAAUGCAGAAUACUCAGGAUAUGCUCUGGACAAAGCACAGGAGUUUACAUUUAUCUGAUAAUGCUUGAACAUUCACAUCAGUAUUUUUUAGGAUCAAACAAGAUGACAAAAACAUUUACUGAUCUCAAAGGUGUAUGAUUGUUAUUUUUGUGCAGUGUGCGUCAUUACUGUAAGCCUGUAAAAUUAGCCAUCUGAAUGUCUAAAUGGUGAAGUUGGAUUAACGUUUUCAAAAUGAAAUAUGGGCACAUAAGGCUAAACUUAUUUUGUAUUUAAAAAAAAAUGUGUUUGCUCAAAUGAAGGAAAUGAUUGAAAUAGAAUUAUGAAUUGGAUAUGAAAUUAAUCUUUCACAAUGACUCAAAAACAAAUUGUUUCUUCUCAGUGUAUUUAAAUCCACAUAUGGUAAUGGUCAUUUAUGGCAAAGUAUGGGAAAUGUUUCUGUGUUUCUGUUCUGUCACAAGAUGGUGUGGUUUGUGAACCAGCACUUUCCUUCUUUAUCUUCUGGUUCUUAGAAGUUUUACAGGCCUUCAACUAAAGUGACACUGUGGGUUGAGAUUGGCUUUUUUUUUAUAGCUAUCAGCGUAAUGUUUUUUUCAUCAUUGGCUUUUUUAUACUGUAUAUUGACAGAUGCAUAUGUCACAUGUCCUUUCAUUUGGUCCAUCAUUAGAUUUAAUGUAAUACAUUUAUAUUAUUCCCUCUCUGCCCUUCUGGCAUCUGUUUUUUAAUGGAUGUAACUAUGCUACAGCGGAAUAUAAAUGUAUUUUAAAAUGUAGAUAUCAUGGAAAUGUCUGUAUAGAUACAACAGGACAUUUUGAUACAUACAGGGGUAGUACCUCAUUGUAUACACAAUAUCCUAUAUUUCUCAUUUUGUCAUUGAAUGGCCCACCAUGCUGGUAUUGAAUGUUGUUAUCCAUAUUGUGUAUUUACUUACUUUGCAUUUCCAUACUUCCGGUUGAUUAUGGAUUUACCUGGGCGUUGAUGCUGUAAGAAAUCAGCGGAUGUUAUUAUUUGGCUUCAACUCCUGCAUUCACUGCCUCUGCACACAACUCAGUACCUCCAAAGCUUCGGAUCAUCCUCACACCAAUAUAGUGCGUUACUCUGAGCCAGUAAUCCUAACGCUGCAAAAUUUACUUGACAUGCUCCUCAGCCUCCAUCUACUUGAACAAUGCAAGUCAGCUGAGUGAUGCUUCUGUGGUACCAAUGUUGUCAUGUUCAAGCACCCUGCAUUCACCAAACAGCCUUUAUUUGCAACAAAGCCAAUUUUUUUUUUUUUUCACAUUCAGACUUGCAUAUGAAUAUAAGUGUUCUUUUUUCAGGACAAACAAUAUAUUUUCUGCUGGGACAACUUCAAUAAGUAAAAAAAUCACUUUUAGUCUUUUGUAAUCAUGAAGGUUUAUUAGAACCCUUUGUUCCAUUAUAAUAUAUUUGUUGACAUCUGUUCAUUGUCAUCGUAUGCUAAAUCAUGUAUUUUGUUUUGUUGCUUUGAGCUAGUUUGCCCAAGUUUUCAUUGCCUUUACCUGACAAAGAGAAAAUUGGAAAUGGUCAUUCCUUAUACCUCAAAAGCAUAAUUUUGUUGUAUUUUU